UUGCGCGUCGCGAUGGCGCCGCGAAUGAGCCUGUUCCAACGGUUCCUCUACGUCACCCAGACAAGCCAUCGUCGGUUUCAUGCAUGGGUAGAGGAAAACAUGAUAGGCCUGCCGAACCCUCCAUUGACAGAAGAAGAACGCGAGCAAAAAGCGCGAGAACAAUGCGUUGACCUGUGGACGUUGACUUGGGCUGACCACGUUCGAUUCUUGCGAGAAGCAUGGGCAGAAUACAAGGAAACAUUUGAAGAUGACUACGAAGUGAGGCAAGCGGCCCGAGAAAAGGUCAAGCACCUCAAAGAGACCAUGGAGGAGCAACGAGCCAAAGUCGACGAGCACUUGGAAACCCACCACCCCGAACUCAAGCAACACAUUACCUCUUGGACGAGUGAUAUUCAGCGAGGAGUAGGUGAAACGGCAGCAAAAGUUCAAGAGCACGUCGAGGAGAUGAAGGUCCAAGCACAGGAGGUUGACGUCGAGAGAAUUCCCGAACAUGUGGGGGACGCCGUCAAUGCGUUGAAGAAUCGACCAGUUGUCGACGUCAAACGUGACAUCGAGGAAUGGGCUCUUGACAAACUCAUGGUAGGCCGCUUUACCAUGUUGGCGUUUGUCGAAGGAUACAAAUCGGGCAAGGAAGAGGAAUUAGCCCGUGAAACGCCGCUACUGAAAGAAUUGGCCACGAAAGCGGCCGAGCCACACAAGGAUUUCUUGGCCGCCAAACGAGACGAAAUGAUGCGAAAGUAUACCGCCUUUGAAGAAAAGAGUGCAAAGCAGUCUCAAUCCUCAGCCGACAGUCGAUAAACAGUUACGCGAAGGCCUCUGUGGUAACCUCAGCAGUGAUCAUGUUUGUUAGGUCCUUAGAGUUUAUUGUGAUGCAAUUUCGUGGGUCUGUGGCGCCAUGACUCC